GUGAGAUUAGACUUUUCAGGGACACGGUGAGGAGACCCUAUGCCCGCCAUGAGAGGUGUCAGGCGGUGUAAGGCUUGUCUUUGACGUCGCUCCGCCCGUGGAUGGCUGCGCAGGUGUUGUGAACCAGCGAGGAUGCCGCCGUUCAACGCUCUCAUCGCCGCUGCGACGCCGUGGACAUUUUAAAAAUCAUCCACGGUAUUUUUAUUUUUAUUUUAAACCAAUGAUCGAACCAAUUCGAUUUCCCCUAAACAUUGCGGAUGUUGUUUUUUUUUAAUAACGGUGAGUGUGUGAGGACGCCGUGGUUUCCGCAGCAUCCAAGCGGCUUUUUUUAAUGUGAUUUAUUCACCGUGUCGAUUUAAAGGCGUCUAAUGACAUGUUGUCAUGACAGCGGAGGAAUAAAUCUCGCGAAAGCGCCGUGGAGCAGAUCUGAUGCAGGAGGCAUGACGGGCCAUGGAGGAGGAUCGUGUUGAAGAAGCUCCGAAAGGACCGCACGUUUGAUUCCCCGCGCACCCACGCCUCGGUGAGGUGGACUCGAUACAUGGGCCCCCAGGUCGAUCGUUAAAACCCACGGGAGACGUCCGAACCCGGAUGGGAUGUAAUGUUGUGUGGCCGUGGAGCUGAGCACCGGUCUCCUUCUCCGCUGCUUCGUCGAGAUUGGCUUCUGGUGUCCGGGGAAUGGCGCGCUUUGGGGACGAGGUGCCGGCCAGGUACGGCGGAGGCCCCGGCGGAGGGGGCCCCGGCGGCCGUGGCGGCGGCAGGCCAGGAGGACCCCACGGACAUGCGCACGGACACGGGCACGGACACGGCCACGGCCCGCCGGGGCCCGGGGCCCAGAGAGUGUACAAGCAGUCUAUGGCGCAGAGAGCCCGGACUAUGGCCUUGUAUAACCCGAUCCCAGUGCGCCAGAACUGCCUCACCGUCAACCGCUCCUUGUUCAUUUUCAGCGAGGACAACUUUGUGAGGAAAUACGCCAAAAAGAUCACCGAAUGGCCUCCAUUUGAGUGGAUGAUUCUCGCCACUAUCAUUGCCAAUUGCAUCGUCCUGGCCCUGGAACAACAUUUGCCCGAUGGUGAUAAGACGCCGCUCUCUGAACGCCUUGACGACACAGAGCCGUAUUUCAUCGGGAUCUUCUGUUUUGAGUCUGGGAUAAAAAUCCUGGCGCUGGGGUUCGCCUUCCACAAGAAUUCGUACCUGAGGAACGGAUGGAACGUGAUGGACUUUGUGGUGGUGCUCACAGGGAUUCUGUCCACUGUGGGCUCGGAUUUUGACCUGCGGACCCUGAGAGCCGUUCGAGUCUUGAGGCCCCUCAAACUGGUGUCCGGUAUUCCUAGUCUACAGGUAGUGCUGAAAUCCAUCAUGAAGGCGAUGAUCCCCCUGCUGCAAAUAGGGCUCCUGCUUUUCUUCGCCAUCCUCAUGUUUGCCAUUAUCGGCUUGGAGUUCUACAUGGGAAAAUUCCACACCACCUGUUUCGACAAUCACACAGGGGAGAUCCGAGAAGAGUUCCCAUGUGGGACAGAACUUCCAGCACGGUUGUGUCCAGAGGGUACCAUGUGUCGACAGUACUGGCUGGGUCCAAACUACGGCAUCACCCAGUUUGACAACAUCCUUUUUGCUAUCCUCACCGUCUUCCAGUGUAUCACCAUGGAGGGCUGGACUGACCUGCUGUACUAUAGCAACGAUGCCUCAGGGAGCACCUGGAACUGGAUGUACUUCAUCCCUCUCAUCAUCAUCGGCUCCUUCUUCAUGCUCAACCUGGUGCUUGGUGUGCUGUCAGGCGAGUUUGCCAAAGAGAGAGAGCGAGUAGAAAACAGAAGCGAGUUCCUCAAGCUCAGGAGGCAGCAGCAGAUUGAAAGAGAACUCAAUGGUUACUUGGAGUGGAUCUGCAAAGCUGAAGAGGUUCUCUUGGCAGAUGAUGAAAAUGAAAAUGACUACGAUGGCUCCCGCAGGAGAGCCACCAAGAACCACAAGAGCAAAGCUGAGCUUCUAAACCCAGAGGAGGGGGAGGGAGAUCUGGCAGUUGGGUCACCAUUUGCCCGUGCCAGUUUAAAAAGCUCCAAACUAGAAGGCUCCACUUUCAAGAGGCGGGAAAGGCGGUUACGCUUCUUAAUCCGACAUAUAGUCAAGUCGCAGGCCUUCUAUUGGACCGUGCUGUGCUUGGUGGGCCUCAACACAAUGUGUGUGGCCGUAGUGCACUAUGACCAGCCAGAACCACUCUCAGAUUUCCUAUUUUACGCUGAAUUUAUCUUCCUGGGAAUAUUCUUGACGGAGAUGAUGGUGAAGAUGUACGGCCUUGGAAAGCAGGCAUACCUCAACUCCUCUUUCAACUGCUUUGACUGCAUUGUGAUAUGUGGCAGCAUAUUUGAAGUGCUGUGGUCCAUCAUCCAGCCGGGCACCUCAUUCGGCAUCAGUGUUUUACGAGCUCUCAGGUUAUUGAGGAUCUUCAAGGUCACCAAGUACUGGGCAUCUUUACGGAACCUUGUUGUGUCUUUGCUCAACUCCAUGAAAUCCAUCAUCAGCUUGCUGUUCCUCCUCUUUCUCUUCAUCGUGGUGUUCGCCCUGCUGGGCAUGCAGCUCUUUGGAGGACAGUUUAAUUUUGAAAAUGGCACUCCUCCAACCAACUUUGAUACCUUCCCGGCAGCAAUAAUGACAGUUUUUCAGAUCCUGACAGGCGAAGAUUGGAACAUGGUCAUGUAUGACGGCAUCAAGUCUCAGGGCGGAGUCAACAAAGGCAUGGCCUUCUCCAUCUUCUUCAUUGUUCUCACGCUUUUUGGCAACUACACUCUGCUAAAUGUCUUCUUGGCUAUCGCUGUGGACAAUUUGGCCAACGCACAAGAGCUAACUAAGGAUGAGCAAGAGGAGGAGGAAGCUGCCAGUCAGAAAAUCGCCUUGCAGAAAGCCAAGGAGGUGGCAGAAGUCAGCCCCCUGUCAGCUGCCAAUCUCUCCAUAGCAGCCAACAAAGUACACAGUGAUUGUCACAACGCUACCGACCCCUUUCUGGACUGUAAAGAGCAACAUAAGAACCACAACAAAGGUCUCAGUAAGUCGGUGUGGGAGCAGCGCACCAAGGAGCUGAGGAGGCAGACCCUGGCUUCCAGUCGCGAGGCACUCUACAACGAGCUGGACCCCGAAGACCGCUGGAAGGCAAGGACAGGGAGGGAGGAGCACAACAAUGUGAACUUCGCACGACAAGUCCGACCUGAUAUGAAAACUCACCUGGAUCGACCUCUGGUGGUUGACCCCCUUGAGAACCGCAACAACAACACCAACAAGAACACCGAGAACAAUCCAGAACUCUGCUUUAGCCAGCAGCAUCCCACCGACAACCUCCCCACACAAACACACCUCCACCAACGCAGUGGUCAAGUCGGCCCUGUCAAACCUCCUCUAGAGCGAGGCGAGUCCACCGAGAGCAGGCGGAGCCGGAAAGGAGCUCACCACCACCGCACCUCCCAUGUCAGACUGGAUGCAACCGUUAUUCCUGGGCCGGGCUCUGAGGAGAGACCCACCAGGCGCCAUCACCACAACCGCAGUGGAACUCGUGGGGCCGGGCUGUCCGAACACAAAAAGCCCAGGUCGCAUCGCAAGACUGAGGAAGAUGAGGAGGGUCGAGAAGGAGCUGGAAAAACAGGAAGACACAAGAGCAAAGGAGUAGAUGGAGGUGGCGAGGGAGAGAAGGAGGCAGGUGGUGAUGGCAGUGAGAGGAGGCCAAGGAGGAGUCGCCAUAGCAACCAGACGGAAGGAGAGGGGAAGAAGAUGUGCCAACACCGGAGGAAGGAUGGUAGCGUCCCAAACCUCUCCACCACACGACCCAUCCAAAAGAGACUGUCUCGGCAAGACGGGCAGGACAGUGAAGACAUGGACAACCUCAUGAAUACCAAACUGGUUUCUGUCUCCACCCCUCCCAGCGAGCGUGCCCUUAAUCCAGUCGCCAACCACGCCGCCAUCGCUGGUUUUGGUUCAGCCUUCCAACUUUCUAACAGUAGCACUCGGGGGAGUUUAGUCAGAUUAGAUAGCUACGGGAACAUCGGCCAUCAUCGUGCCAACAGCGUGGUUAGGCAACCACACCCUGACUACACUGCUCUAGAUAUGCCAAUUUUUCCCUCCACCAAUGCCAUCCUGCAGGUCAAUAAAAAUGCCAACACAGAGCCAUUGCCAGCGAAGGAAGACAAAGAUGAUGAUGAUGAUGAUGCCAAGGGAGGUGAGGGAAGGCCCAGGCCCAUGCCUCCCUUCACCUCCAUGUUCAUCCUGUCCACCACUAACCCGUUUCGCCGGGCCUGUCACUACGUCUGCACCCUGCGCUACUUUGAGAUGUGCAUCCUGCUGGUCAUCGCCAUGAGUAGUAUCGCCCUCGCUGCUGAAGACCCGGUCUGGCCUGAUUCCACGCGGAACAAUGUCCUGCGUUAUUUUGACUACGUCUUCACAGGAGUGUUCACAUUUGAGAUGCUUAUAAAGAUGGUGGAUCUGGGCUUGGUUUUGCACCAGGGUUCUUACUUUCGAGACUUGUGGAACAUCCUUGACUUUAUUGUGGUUAGUGGCGCUCUGGUGGCCUUCGCCUUCACGGGGAGCAGCAAGGGAAAAGACAUCAGCACCAUCAAGUCCUUGAGGGUGCUCAGAGUGCUGCGGCCACUUAAGACGAUAAAGCGUCUCCCCAAACUCAAGGCUGUUUUCGACUGCGUGGUGAACUCUUUGAAGAAUGUCCUCAAUAUUUUGAUCGUCUACCUUCUCUUCAUGUUCAUCUUUGCUGUGGUGGCCGUCCAGCUUUUUAAGGGACGUUUCUUUUACUGCACCGACGAAUCCAAAGAGUUUGAGCGCGAUUGCAGAGGCGAAUAUUUGGUGUAUGUGCGCGAUAACGAAGUAAAGGCACAGAAGCGGGAGUGGAAGAAGUACGAUUUCCACUACGACAAUGUGGCUUGGGCCCUUCUCACCCUCUUCACUGUUUCCACUGGAGAGGGGUGGCCGCAGGUGCUGAAACAUUCAGUGGAUGCGACCUACGAGAAUCAGGGCCCCAGCCCCGGAUACCGGAUGGAAAUGUCCAUCUUUUACGUCGUGUACUUCGUGGUCUUCCCCUUCUUCUUUGUCAACAUCUUUGUGGCUCUCAUCAUCAUCACCUUCCAGGAGCAAGGAGACAAGAUGAUGGAGGAUUAUAGUUUAGAAAAGAACGAGAGAGCUUGUAUCGAUUUUGCCAUCAACGCCAAGCCUCUGACUCGCCACAUGCCCAAGAACAAGCUCAGCUUUCAGUACCGCAUGUGGGAGUUUGUGGUGUCACCGCCAUUUGAGUACACUAUCAUGGCAAUGAUUGCGCUCAACACAAUUGUGCUGAUGAUGAAGUAUGACGGAGCUUCGGACACCUACGAAGGCGUGUUAGCCAACCUGAACAUAGUGUUUACCUCGCUUUUCUCCAUGGAGUGUGUACUCAAGAUCAUCGCCUUUGGAGCACUGAAUUAUUUUAAAGAUGCCUGGAACAUCUUCGACUGUGUGACAGUUCUGGGCAGCAUCACAGACAUUCUGGUCACCGAACUUGGGAAUAACUUCAUCAACCUAAGUUUCCUGAGGCUGUUCAGGGCAGCUCGUCUCAUCAAGCUGCUGAGGCAAGGAGAAACCAUUCGAAUUUUGCUUUGGACCUUCGUUCAGUCCUUCAAGGCUCUGCCUUAUGUAUGCCUCCUCAUUGCCAUGCUCUUCUUCAUCUACGCGAUCAUUGGGAUGCAGCUUUUCGGGAACAUUGCUAUUGAAGAAGACGGGGAGAGUGCUAUAAACCAGCACAACAACUUCAGGACAUUUGUUCAGGCUCUCAUGCUCCUCUUCAGGAGUGCGACAGGGGAAGCUUGGCAUGAUAUCAUGCUGUCUUGUCUCGGGGGGAAACCAUGCGACGAGCUGUCUGGGAAUACAGAGCCGGAGUGUGGCAGCCAGGUGGCUUACCUCUACUUCGUCUCUUUCAUCUUUUUCUGCUCAUUCCUGAUGCUGAAUCUGUUUGUGGCCGUCAUCAUGGACAACUUUGAGUAUCUGACAAGAGAUUCUUCCAUACUUGGACCUCACCACCUGGAUGAGUAUGUCAGGAUAUGGGCAGAGUAUGAUCCUGCUGCCUGCGGGCGCAUUCAUUAUAAGGACAUGUACAGUUUAUUGCGAGUUAUCGACCCGCCUCUGGGCUUAGGAAAGAAAUGCCCCCAUAGGGUGGCCUGCAAGAGACUCCUUCGUAUGGACCUGCCCGUGGCUGAUGACAACACCGUUCACUUCAACUCCACCCUCAUGGCUUUGAUACGCACGGCGCUCGACAUCAAGAUCGCUAAAAUUUCAGAAGGUGGCAUCGACAAGCACCAGAUGGACGCAGAGCUAAGGAAAGAGAUGAUGGCGAUCUGGCCCAAUCUCUCCCAGAAGCAUCUGGACUUGCUGGUUACGCCCCAUAAGUCAGCGACAGACCUGACAGUGGGCAAAAUCUACGCUGCCAUGAUGAUCAUGGAGUACUACAGACAGAGCAAGGUCAAGCGUUCUCAGGCCCUUCGGGACGAGCAGAAUCGAACGCCAUUACUAUUUCAGCGCGUGGACCCUUCCCCCACCCAGGACGGGGGCCCGACCCUCAACAACGCCCUCCCUCCACCUGAGACCACAGAGACGGUGAACAGCCUCCCGGUGGAAGGGGGGCUGCCGGAGAGCCGCUCAUGGGUCACAGCCCGUGCUCAGGAGAUGUCUCAGAAGGUCGGGAGCUGGAGCCCUGAAGAUGGCCUGGGAAGCAUGACCACGUCACAGACGGUAGAGAUGAGAGAGAUGGGGCAGGAUGGUUACUCGGAUACUGAGCACUUUCCACCAAUGGAAGGCCACGGCAGGGCCGCUUCCAUGCCCCGCCUACCAGGCGACAACCAAAAGCGGAGGAAAGCGAAGCAGCGUGGCAGUCAGCUCAGUACCAUCAGUGACAACAGCCCCAUGAAGCGCUCGGCCUCGUCUUUAGGUCACAGCAGGUCAGGCCGCAGCAGCAGAGACAAAGGCGGCCCAGAUGUCUACAACAUGGAGCAUGUCAUACCGGAGGAAGGUCGAGCUCCAAGACACGGGCACAGGAGGAAAGAGCGCAGCCAUCGUGCCUCCGAGAGGUCGCUGUGUCGCUACACGGAGGCCGACACAGACAUUAACACAACCACCCAGUCAGGUGACCUGAUGUCCAAGGACCGGGAUCGAGACCGAGACCGAGACCGCGGUCGCUCCAAAGACCGCAAACACCAUCAUCACCAUCAUCACCAUCACGGUUCUGUGGACAAAGAACGGUACGUCGCCGAGCGAGGAGGCGACUACGGCCGCAAACACUCCCGCGACAGAGAGCCCGACCGGGAGAGGGAGCGAGAAAGAGACCAGCGCUGGUCGCGAUCCCCCAGCGAGGGUCGUGACUGCAUGACGCACAGACAGGGCAGUAGUUCGGUCAGUGGAAGUCCCGUUCCAUCGACCUCCGGGACUAGCACGCCACGCCGGGGCCGCCGCCAGUUGCCUCAGACGCCCGCGACGCCCCGCCCCCAUGUAACGUACUCCCCCGUAGUCCGUAAGGCCGUGCCCUCACAACCCGCCGGGCCGCAGGGACGGGCCCCAGCCCCGGCACCCCGGCGGUUAUCUCCCGAUCCCCCUCAAGGCCAGGUUCCUCUUGCUGGCGUCCCGAUGACUCACCAUGGCGCGCCCCGCCAGGGUCAUCAUCCGCCGCUUCGCUGGGGGGACACAGGUGGAGGCUCCAUGGAAGGGGAUGGCUGCUUUUAUAACCAAAAUUACGCGCCCACACAUGAACCAGUCAGUAACCCCCACCCACAUCCCUUAGCGAGCCACACACUGCCGUCUCCCCCCCAACCACAGCCACACCCUGUAAACAACCCACACCCUCACCCUUUGCCGCCUCACCCGCAGCCAAACCGUAUCUCACCUCGGACCGUCCACCACGCACCCCCUUCUACUGCCCCUCUUCAGGGCCAAGUGCAGCCCUCUGCCCAGCGCCGUCUUCCCAAUGGCUACCGCUCUUCAUCGCCCUCCACACAUCUCCAAGGACCCCAACAUAGUGGGCCUCACAAGGUCCCGCCCCCGGGGGCACACCCUAGAGGACCCCGCAAGGGCCUGCAUGAACCCUAUGGGGAGAAGCAACAGGACGACUGGUGCUAGCCUCUGGGGAUGUGGGAGUGACGGAAUGCAGUACUUUUAUAAACACUUGGAAUGUUCCGGAAAUGCUGGUCUUGCUGAGGCAUCUGAAUGAAAGAAUUAAAUAUUUCCCCCAAAAUAUAGAAGAGGUACCAAACUUCAUCACUUGAUAAACUCACACUUACUUUUAAGGAUGCAAGAAGUAGGGGCGAUCGACACUUAUGUUUCUGUGUCUUAAAUUCUGCCUCUGGUCAAGAGCUACAGCCACUUACAAGAUGUCAAGAGUUGCGACUCAAAUAAAAAGCAAAAUAAGUAAAAAAAAAACAGACAAAACAUUUUUUUUUUGCUUCCUAAAGCUAACUUAUGUUAGCUCGGAAGAAGUGGAAGUCAAUUCCAAGCCUCCCAGCCACCUGUUGAAUAUUGAUGAGUUUUAUCAUCUGUGUUUUUAAAUAAGAACAACAACAAAAAAACUUCCGGGAGUGGGUGGGACGGACAGAACGGGAUGAUGUUUACCCUUGAAGUCCUUAACCCCCACCCGGGGAACAAUACACACCACACCAUCCUCUCAGUGGCGAUGAAGGGUUGAACCCCCGAACCAGAUUUCUGCAGCAUUUCUUCUUCUUCUUCUUCUUCUUGGAUACACUGAGGCUUGAAUCUUCUGUUGCACCCCCCGCCACACAGAUUUUUUUUAAGACUUGUAAACCUGUGCAAUCUUGCAUGAAUGAUUGAAAAAAAAAAAAAGAAAUGACAAUAUUAGCAUUAAUGAGAAUCUACUGUAUGUAGGAAGGAGGAGGUCAUUCUCUCCUUCCUUCUUGUUGUAGCCUGUAGGUUUCUCUCCCUUUUUUUUAUACCGACAUUUUUGUCCCCCCCCCCCUUCCCCCCACAUGACAUUCCUCUUUUUAUAACCUAAUUUUCACUCCAGUGACAGGAAAUCAUAGACAGAAGUGAUGUGUGUUGUCGUACGUGACAAAAUGACUUUUGGCUUGCUCGUAUCUAUGUUGUGUGCCAAAUGCCUGCCACUCAUGACGGAUGGAAAUGCACUUCUUCUCUUUCUUUUGGCGGCGAUGAUCUUCGAAAGAUCAACUGGGAAAGCAGGGUAAACGCGGACAAGCGUGACGUUAACGGAAACAUUUUCCAAGGUCUUCCAGAGGGAAAGAGAAGAAAGGAGAGAAACGCUUUGUUUUCUUUGACCAUAACAGGGGAGAACAUAAACAAACUAACUCUGGGUUGCAACUCUUACCCAUUGCAUUGUGCGAGAUGAUCUUGCGUGGUCUGCGGUUAUUUGAAUAGAGGCGUUAUGAGAACAUUAAUGUCGAUUUAUGGUUGGCAUGGCGAGCAAUACGUCGAACGUCAGCCAAGGCUGCCCUUUUGUCGCCGACUCUGUUCGUCGUCUGGACAGACUUUCUAGAAGAAGUUGUCCAGUUUAGGGGUUUUGGGUUGGGGGUGAGGUCUUGAGGGGUGGAGUAUUUUAAGUAUUUUGGGGUCUUGUUUACAAGUGAGGGAAGUCAAGAGCGUGCGAUAGACAAGCCAGGGCUUGUUUGUGUCCCCAUUUCAGUCUUCAAGGCCCCUUCUACACUAAGCCGGCUUAGUGUAGGCUUAGAUAUCCAGGGUAGAUCCCAUCUAACCUUACCCUUCUCCACACACGCACAAUGUUCGUUUAAGACCACCUCCGUCUGCCGGCGCAACGCGACCUCGUAUGCAAUGCGCGGAAAAUGCGCACGUCAUAGUCACCUUUAGUGUUGCUUUGUGUGCAAGUUCUUAAAUUAAAUAUAACUUAUCUGAACAGUAUCCAGUGUUGUGGUAUUUCAAUUAACUGGAAUCCAGUGUGCUGUGGGGCCCUUUUGUAGUGAAUCACACCUGAGACAUCAUAAAUGAAUCAAAUCUUUAAUGGACGUGUGAAAGUAAACAGUGUGACAAAUAACAUUUUACAACAAUCAAUCGAGGGAUCCAGAUAUCUGGUCAGGACACUCCUCACUCUUUUGCCCUCACUUUCAUUGCCCAUUCAUUUUUGGUGACUUUAUAUACUCUGGACCGAGACGUUGAGUCCACGACAUACAUGGCGGACAAUAACUGAUGCAGUCUGCUUUGCCAGUCCAAAUGCAUUCGCUGUUUUCCGUAGUCUUCCCUCGACGGCCAGGUAAUACAAAUACCGCAUUCUCGUUGUCUCUCCUUCGAUAAAUGGACAAAGUUUUUCGGUAAGUAGAAUCACAGCUGACCUAGAUAUUCGAAAGUUAUUUUGCUGUCUGAAAUGUGUUGUAUCCGAAAUAGCUGCAAUCGCGCGUUUCCUUCACUUAAGGUAUUCAUGUGUGAUUCCCACAAGUGUCUGUACAUGGAGAAGAAGGAGAAACACGUGCAUGUCUGGAUGACUCGCCUCCAUCUUUCCAGUGGUUAGCUCCGGUUGUUAUGAAGCUGGCUGUGGCGCGUUCUUUCCGAACUCAGUUUGUAAACGAUCAAUGAGUCCAUACAAAGCUAAGAGCCGGAGAUUCAAGAAAUACACGACGCACUUACUUAUUAUCCAAGGAGGGGGACCUUAGACAAUAGUUUAUUGUAGCUGACACGGGGAUUAGGCUAAAUAAUUAUUAGUUUAAGGCAGGGGUAGGGAACCUACGGCUCUAGAGCCAGAUGUGGCUCUUUUGAUGACUGCACCUGGCUCAGAUAAAUAUUAGCUGACAUUGCUUAACACGAUAAGUAAUGAAUAACUCCGUUGGUAAUCAGUGUUAAAAAUAACGUUCAGAAUAUAAAACAUUCUCAUGCACCUUAAUCCAUGAAUUCGUUUUCUUCUGCACCUGUUCAUUAAUGGUAAGAAGUAUUUUAUUUAUUAUUGGUUAACUUCAAAAUGACAAUGUUAUUAAAAAGAAUAAAAGACUAUUAAAAUGUUGGUCUUACUUAAAAAUGCACACAUUUAGUUGUAUUUAGUGUUAUAAAAUAUUGUACACCUCUCACGGAAAUACAUUUUAAAAUAUUUGGCUUUCGUGGCUCUCUCAGCCAAAAAGGUUCCAGACCCCUGGUUUAAGGAGUUAUCCGGCUUAAUGUAGACAGGGCCAAACAUUACUCGUGUGACAGGUCAAGGCAGGACUAUUCAACUGGCCAUACGGCCCGACCAUACCGACCCACCAGUUCAUUCAAAACUUGGGAGACUAACAUUUUUGAAGUACAUUCCUAAAACCACCAAUGAUCCUGUUGUAUAGAGGAACUUAGACCACUGUAAAUUCAUUGGCAGAUACUUGAAUUGAAAUGUUUAACCUUAAUAGCAAACCUAAAACACUUGGGUCCAAACUUUGGAUUUACAUGAGGCGUUCCUUAAGGCACCCCUUUCAGUCCUCUCUUUUUUGGCAGUUACAUAUGUCUUUUGUAAUGUGAGUCGAGUCAUGUAACUAAGGUGUUGCUGUAGCUUGUUUACUUUAGUCGCCAUUGGUUCGACUUCUUUACUUAUACUAGUGGUGUUCCUCAAGGUUCCAUUUUAGGACCUCUCUUUUUCAUCAUUUGGGCUAUUCAACUGGUUCAAAAACUUAUGAGAGGCUCACGUUUUUGUAGCCGAUUCUUAAAAACACUAGCUGGUCUUUGACUAGUAGAAGUUUCCUUAAAAACAGCAGAGUACUCUUGUAGCUCUGACAAAAAAAAACUGACCAAAAUCAAAUGUCUCCUGUACUGUAGAGGACGCUGGUUCUCUGGAAUAUAGAAAAUAAGAGUAAGAGUAAAAGGGACAAGUUCGGUGUCCUGGUCCUUAGCUUUCUAGAAAAGUUAGCAGCUUGUAAAGGUGACUAUGUGGGUGGUAUUUCAUAUCUAUAGGGCUAUUUCUUGACAACUACAACAUCAGUUCAAUUAAUUAGUCAUGUGUUUACACUCCAGAUAAAAAAGUUUAUAUGAAAUGGUAAAGGGGGAAAACAAAGUUUAAUAUCUAUUACCACAGCUUAAACUUUAAUUGAAAAGUAAACAAAACACAAUAUUUGGGCAAAAACUAUGAAAAAAAACAAACCAAUGUUUUUACACAUAUCGUUAGAGGAAAGGUUUGGCUACAAUAUGAAUUAAUUGAUUGGUUGAUUGAAACUUUUAUUAGUAGAUUGCACAGUUCAGUACAAAUUCCCUACAAUUGACCACUAAAUGGUAACACCCGAAUAAGUUUUUCAACUUGUUUAAGUCGGGGUCCGCGUUAAUCAAUUCAUGGUAAUGAAUUUAAAUAGUAAGGUCGAGUUAGAAAUACAACUAUAUAUCUGUCACCACGGCAGCAUUUGAAGCGAUGCCAAAGUAGCGAUUAUCUCAACGGGCUUUUUUUCUAAACUACCAUGAUUACAAAAAGUAUGUUUACUCACGCUACAAUAAAAGUUUAAUUGAGACGAAGUAUAAUUGUGCCCGUGAAGUAAUUCAGCCCAUCAAAGCAGAACAAGCAAACACCUGCAGAGCACGACCACCACUAAUGAAGUGACCGGUCGCCAUAAUUAUGCCUGGCACAGUUUGCAGUAAUGUGGUCAUAGUCUGACCGACUGACACUGCUGUCCCAUGCAACGUGACCUUGGAUAAGCGGAAUAAAAUGCAUAGGUGUCGUUUGCAAGUCUAGCCGAGGUCAGUCCGUCACUCCUCUAGUAUUAGUUAACCCCUUAAACAAGGGAAAAGAUGUCCAAGCCUUCUUAUGGUCCAAGAAAACGCUCACAUGUAAAUAUCUCAUUUCUUUCUGUGUGUGUGCCUCAAACUAACACUUUCUUUUGGUCUCACGCUUACAAUUUUUUUUAAUUUUUUUUUUACUUUUAUCUGGAGACCGAUCACAUGUUGACCAGAGAAUGCACUGAGAAAAAUAGCAAAGACAAAAAAAGAAGAAAAAAAAAGAAUUGCCUAUCAGUGUCUUUCCAACCUCAGCGGAAUGUCACGUAUUUUUUCGCAACACUUUCAGAUAAAACACAAGCUAUGUAGCCAAUGCUUCUUUUCUGUGUGUGUGUGUGUGUGUGUGUGUGUGUGUGUGUGUGUGUGUGUGUGUGUGUGUGUGUGUGUGUGUGUGUGUGUGUGUGUGUGUGUGUGUGUGUGUGUGUGUGUGUGUGUGUGUGUGUGUGUGUGUGCGCACAGUUGUAUUUCUCUUUUUGCAGCACAUUCCACUUUUUUGUAUUCUGAGGUCCAUUUGACUUUGCGUGAAUAUUGUGAGGGAGGAGGUCUUGUUGUGUGAUGUGUGAAUGAGGCAUGCACACGUCUUAUCAUCCCCUUUUUUUAUUUGUGUGUGUGUGUACAUACUGCGGUGAAAUCCACACCAAUUAACCACACACACACACAUCAUCUGCAAAAAGCAACGUAUAAGCCGCAAACGCGAAGAAAAAAAACGUUUUUGUUUAUGGUUUUUUUAUUACACACAUACACACACACACACACACAAAGGUGAAAAAAUAUCUAGCUCAAGAACUGCAUGUGCUAUGUGCAUGCCACACUGUGGGUUAUACAGUCAUCUUCAGGACAUAACAGAAAAACAGACUGAUGAAUUAAUAGAUAUGAAAAGAAGAAAAGAUGUAUAAAUAGAUGUUUUUGUUUUUUUAAAAAGCAACCUUUCUUUUUUCCUUCUAUUUUUGAGAACAAAAAUACUGCAAAAAAGACAAAAAAAAGAGACUUUGGCGAGAGUCUAUUUUUGAUUUUUGUCCUCUGUGACAUGGGCUUGAGGCACAACACAACCAUGUAGAAAAAUGACAACAAAUGUACACAAGUGCAGAUCUGAUGAUGAUGAUGAUGAUGAUGAUGUGUUUUGUCGAUAUCGUUCGUGCAGCGGGAGGAGGGAUCGGGUUGGAAGGUUUCAAAUUGGAUGUUAUUAAAGAUCUCUAUUCUCUCA